UCUUCCUCAUGUGGCUUCUGGCCAUCAAGGGCAUGCUACAGAAGUGCAUGGAUGCCCUCUUCCCAACCAUCUUCAGCAUGCACUGGGGCUCAGCCCUGCUGCUGGCCAUCAAAUAUAUGCUUGAUUUCCUGGACGAGCAGAGCGCUUGGCAUGAGAUACCUGAUGCAGAUAUGCAUCACACCUGGAAGAAAAACUGCCUGCUCCUGUGCUUCUGGUUGAACAUGAUCAAGAACCGACAGGUGCUAUUCAACAUCUACAAGAGCAGCAGCACUGACGCCUGCCUGUCAGUGCUGGCCUAGGCCUUCAUGGACUCCUGCUCCACAUCUGAACACAAGCUGGGCAAGGACUUGCCCUCCCAGAAGCUGCUCUACACCAAGGACAUCCUUAGCUACAAGAGCUAGGUGGAGAUUUACUAUGCCAGCAUCACCAGGAUGGCCUGCCAUCAGCUACCUGGAUAAGAGUGCCUAUCUCACGUUGGACCAGAGUCAAUUCAAUAGCAUGAGUGUCCUGCAUGAGAUCUACUCUUACAUCACCAAGUACGAGGAUGAGACCCCGACACAGCCCUGGAGAAAGAUAAGCAGACCUGGUGGCAGCUGCUUUGGAGCAAGCUGGGGCAAGUAGUAGACACUGUACCCCUGAGUAGCUGAGUAGGGGCCUAUGACCAUCUGACCAGGGGGCCUUGAGUGAAUUUGGGGCUGGCCCCUAUCAAGCAGCCAGAGCUGGGAGAUGUGUAGAAGAGGCCUGGUCCCAACUGUGCCAGGGGCCCUGUGCUGGGGGCCACGAGUCCAGUCCUGGUCCCCUUGGCACUAAGCCCCCCCUGGAGCCAGCCAGGGUCCCAGUUCCUAAUUGUUGUGGAUGAGACGAUGCCUGAAGCACCCUCUAUGCCAAGAAUUGCUUGCCAUGGGGUUGGGGAACCCAGGUGUGACCAGGGGCCUUCUUGGGCCAAUAAGGUGACUGCUAAGGCCCUGGAGGUGAGGCUGGACCCUUUGGGAGGGAGAGACCAGGUUGCCAAGGCCAGAACUAGGCCCAGGGGCUGGGAGGGUUCAGCUGAGCCUGGCUUCUUGGGCAGAGUCUAAGGUCAGGGGCCUGACUGGUGGCCCAGGUGGGGAGACUGAAUGCCCAGGGCUCAGUCAUGAUGAGCUAAAGUCUGUCUGGGCUAUCACCUCCCAUCUGCUAUGUUUCAGCACCCCUAUGCUCACCGCUACACACCCAGAACCCCCCAAAUUCUUGAUUCGCCACAUGCUGUCCAUGGCUGAGGUUGGAGUGACACAUUGACCUCACCCAGAGAGAGGCCCUGGGUCCAUCCUAUGGAGGGGUUGCAAGAUGGCUCCACCCAGGGCCCAAAUGACUUCCUGUUAUGUCCUCAGGGCUGUGCCUCUGGGAUCUAUUGGGGCCUGGCGCUCCUGGUCAUGAGUGUAUGUUUUUCUCAUUUAUUCCCCCUCACCAUGCCCUGCAUCCCCCACACCCUGCCUCAGGCUGAGCUCUCAGCUGUAGAGGUCCCAGAAGCAGUCAUGGCCACCCUCUUUCCCACUCCCUGACCUGCCACCAGCCUUUCAGGGGCUUCAGUCUGGCUCCCAACAGCAUGCUGACCCCUUGAAGCAAGGGACCAUCUGGGGGCCAUUGCUCAUGUUUUGGGGGAACAAUGGACUUCUGCUAAUGUUGCUCAGGCAGCUGGGAGUGUUGAGGUCUCAGGUCACACCCAAUGGUCUGGUUGGCAGCAGGAUGCCAUGACCAGAGUGUCUGGAGGUUGGGUCUUCCCAUGUUGCAGUCAGCAAGCAAAAGAAUACAUGCUGAAUUAGAAAACCUGUGCAUUAAAAAAAAAUAGCUAUGUUUUCUUUCAUCUUCUCCUUUUAAAGCAAGAGAAAUGAAAACAAAAGUAAAUGGGGAGUAAUUAAACUUAAAAGGUUUUGCACAGCAAAGGAAACCAUCACAAAACAAAAAAGCUACACAAUGAAAGGUAGAAAUUAUUUGCAAAUGAUAUGACAAAUAAAGGGCUAAUAUCCAAAAUAUAUAAACAGUUCAUACAACUCAACAUCAAAAAAAAAAAAAAACAACCAUGUUAAACGAUGGACAGAAGACCUGAGUAGGCAUUUUUCCAAAGGGGUCAUGCAGAUGGCCAAGAGGCACAUGUUUGACAUUAUUAUUCUUCAGGGAAGUGUAAAUCAAAAUGUCAAAACCACAUGGAGGUAUCACCUCACACCUGUCAGAAUGGCUUUCAUAAAAAAGAACACAAAAACAAAUGUUGGCAAGGAUAUGGAGAAAAGAGAACCCUUGUAUACUGUUGGUGGGAAUGUAAAUUAGUACAUCAUUAGUGGAAAACAGUAUGGAGGUUUAUAAGAAAACUAAAAAUGGGACUAUGGUAUGACCCAGCAAUUCCACUCCUGGUUAUAUAUCCCCCCCCCAAAAAAAAGCAAUAAUUCAAAAAGAUAUAUCACCCCAAUAUUCAUAGCAGCCUUGUUUACAGUUGCCAAGAUAUGAAAGCAACCUAAUUGUCCAUAAACAUGAAUGGAUAAAGAAGUUACAGUGUGUAUAUAUACCCACACAAUGUUGCCAUUUGCAACAGCUUGGGUGGGUUUGGAGGGUAUUAUGCUUAGUGAAACAAGUCAGAGAAAGACAAAUACUGUAUUACUGAAAUAACUUACAUGUGGAAUCUAAAAGAUAAACAGACUAGUCAAUAUAAUUGAAGAGGAAACAGACUCUCAAAUAUAAAGAACAAACUAGUGAUUACCAGUGGGAGAGGAAAUGACGGUAGGGGGUUAAAAGGUAUUAAACCACUAGGUAUGAAAUAAGCUACAAGGAUAUAUUGUACAACAGCCAAUACUUUGUAAUAGCUGUAAAUGGAGCAUAACCUUUAAAAAUUGUGAAUCACUACGUUAUACACCUGUAACUUAUAUAAUAUUGUACAUCCACUCUACCUCAAUUAAAAAAUAAAAGCAGCAUCAGUACAGUCGCUCAGUCAUGUCCAACUUUUUGCAACCCCAUGAAUUAUAGCACGCCAGGCCUCCCUGUCCAGAGAGCAAAUUCCAUUCCAGCUCACUAAAAUCUCCUGGUAAUCUAUUUAGUGACUGGAUCAAAUCCAGCAAAAAGAUUGGCAGACUAGAGAAGUUUAACUUCUAAAGAUACUUCCCAACAUUCUCUGGAAAGGUGUGGGAAAGAGAUAAGGACUAACUAGAAUUCCAUCUUUAUCCAUAAGGAGAAAAAAGACAGAAUCAUUGACAGACCACCAGAGAAGCUGGAAAGCUACCUCCUAACUCACCUGUGGCCAAAGUAUUGGAGUUUCAACUUCAACAUCAGUCCUUUCAAUGAACACCCAGGACGGAUAUCCUUUAGGAUGGACUGGUUGGAUAUCCUUGCACUCCAAGGGACUCUCAAAAGUCUUCUCCAACACCACAGUUUAAAAGCAUCAAUUCUUCGGUGCUCAGCUUUCUUCACCGUCCAACGCUCACAUCCAUACAUUAGCAAUGGAAAAAACCAUACCCUUGACUAGAUGGACCUUUGUUGACAAGGCCAAUAGCAUCAUGCAUCCUUGGGUAGCCAUCCUGGGCCUCCUACUCCUGCCAGAUGGUGUAACCUCUUACCACCGAGUGACUAGAGUGGCGGGUCAGUCUGUCACUCUACCCUGCUACUAUAAUGGUGAAGUCACAAGCAUGUGCUGGGGCCGAGGGGCAUGUGCUUGGCUUGAUUGCGGAACUAACAUCAUCUGGACUGAUGGCUACAGAGUCACCUAUCGGAGGGAUGGACGUUACCAGCUAAAUGGACAUAUUGGUGGAAGAGAUGUGUCUUUGACCAUAAACAAUGCUUCCCUGUCUGACAGUGGCUUGUAUUGUUGCCGAAUUGAGAAAAGAGGGUGGUUCAAUGACAUAGAGUUGAGGGUAAAUCCAGCUCCACCUACAACAACGACCACCACCACUACUCCAAGAACCACUACCACCACCACCACUACUCCAAGAACCACUACCACCACCACCACUAUUCCAAGAACAACCACCACUACAAGAAAGACAACCAUUACUACUACUCCAAGAACGACAACCACUAUUCGAAGACCCAUCACUACUCCCCCAAGAAGAACAAUUAAUCGAAAAACUAUUCGAAGAGCUAAUCGAAAAACUAUUCGAAGAGCUACUCGAAAAACUACUACCCCAAGAAGAACAACUAUUCGAAAAUCUGUUCGAAGAACCACCACUACGACCCCAAGAAGAACAACUAUUCGAAAAUCUAUUCGGAGAACCACCACUACAACCCCAAGAAGAACAACUAUUCGAAAAUCUAUUCAGAGAACCACCACUACGACCCCAAGAACAACAACUAUUCGAAAAUCUGGUCGAAGAACCACCACUACGACCCCAAGAAGAACAACUAUUCGAAAAUCUAUUCGGAGAACCACCACUACGACCCCAAGAAGAACAACUAUUCGAAAAUCUAUUCGGAGAACCACCACUACGACCCCAAGAACAACAACUAUUCGAAAAUCUAUUCGGAGAACCCCCACUACGACCCCAAGAACAACAACUAUUCGAAAAUCUAUUCGGAGAACCCCCACUACGACCCCAAGAACAACAACUAUUCGAAAAUCUAUUCGGAGAACCCCCACUACGACCCCAAGAACAACAACUAUUCGAAAAUCUAUUCGGAGAACCCCCACUACGACCCCAAGAACAACAACUAUUCGAAAAUCUAUUCAGAGAACCACCACUACGACCCCAAGAACAACAACUAUUCGAAAAUCUAUUCGAAGAACCACCACUACUACCCCCAAAGCAACAACCAUGAGGACUCCAACAAGCACCAUCACCACAACCACUACUCCAAGACCAACCACCACUACAAGAAAGACAACCAUUACUAUUACUACAAGAACGACUACCACUAUUCCAUCAACCACCACUGCUACCCCCAAAACAACAACCAACACAACUCCAACAACCACGAACACCACUACUGCAACCACAGUGGUCACCACUGCUCCAACAAACACCACCCCUGUUGUCCCAACAACAAUCACCACCACAACUCCAACCAUGAUGGUCACCACUGCUCCAGUGACAGCGAGGUCCUCUACUUCUGCUCUUCCAAUGCCAGCACCCACAAGGGACCUCCAGCCAGCUUCUUUAUCUUCUCCAACUCAGACAGCAGAAACCCAGCCUACUACCGUGUAUGAAACAAACAUAACCAGCUCACCAUGGCACUCUUGUUCAACAGAUGGAAAUGGCACUGUGACACAGUCUCCAGAUCCCCAGUGGCAUAACAAUGAAACUCUUGCGGCUCUGGCACAAGAAACAUGGAUGAUCACCAACAAGGGAGUCUACGUUGGAAUCUCUGUUACCGUUUUGGCAUUGUUGCUCAUGUUUGUGGUUUUCUGGAUUAGGAGAAGAUAUUUUUGCCUGGGUAGCAAGGCGGAGCCACUACGUGUGAUUCCAUUGAAAGAGUCUUACAUUGGAGCUUUGAAAAAUGCAGCUCUGAAGCCUAUCCAAGCAGAAGACAAUGUCUACAUUGUUGAUGACUAUCACUAAGUUCUGGAUCAAGAUUCUAGGAUGUUAUGCCCUUGACUGUAGAAGACAGUGACCAGAUACUGUGACAGAGUCCUUUCAUUCAGCUGCACAAUUUUUCAGUCAGUCACACAUGGCAUUCCUAUGAGUCAGGGACACUGGGUAGAGUGUUGCUAGCUCGAUUGUGUAAAGUCAACCUAUGUCACAGAGUCGUAAUUUUUUAUACUAAAUUGGCUCCAACUUUCUGAUCAUUGCAGAGGUCCCUUCAAAGCAUGAAACAUACUUCUUAGAAUUGUACAUUCUCUUUAGAUCUCAUGAAUCUUUCCAUCAUGAAUUCUCAUUGAGAAGAUAGAAAAAAAACCACUUCUACCUCAGUUACCAAGGCUGUCAAGAAUAUCUGAAUUCAACUUAGAAUCAGGACAUGUAGUCUGGGACUUAAAGGACUGAAUGUGCAAGCAUUUUAUGAUUGUCCUUUUUUUUUGUUAAAUCAACUGACUCCAAGUGUGAUAUUGCUCAGCAUCCCCAAGGUUUCAAAUCAUGGUGUGUACAGAUUUUAUUUAUCCAAUAGAAAAAUGAAGGUGAGUGUGAUUUUACCAUUAUAGACAAAUUUGGUUUCUCAGGGUUCUGAAAUACAAGGCAUUAAAUGCUUUCUUUGGGAGGAGGAUGGUAAUUGAGCAGUUUGAAGAAGCAAUGGUAUUGAGUAGACCAUGAAGACACCAGGAGAAGAAAAUCAAUAGCCAUAUAAUUUAUGAUAUUUUUGCUACAUCCAUGCCACAGUUCUAGGUGCUUAUGUUGACAACUGGCAGGCUCUGGUUUUUAGAAUGAGGCAGGGCAGAAAUAAAUGCAAGGAAAAAAGAGAGGGAGGCAGUAGCAAAACAAGCUUUCUAUUUUAGAAAAUAGAGUUUGCAAAUAUAAUAGUAUUGUUUGAGAGUGUUACCAGUUUCUACAAAAUGCUAAACUGUCCUCAAGCCACUUUGAUUUUUGAAAUUGUUUUGGAAGGAUAAAAGGCCUUUUUCAUAUUGAAUCAAUACCUGUGUUAUAUUUCUUUCUUACAACUCAAUUAAAUUUUAGUUUUCCCAGAAGUAUUAGACAAAGGCUAAAUGUAAGGAUAAUUUUAAUCAUUUAGAAGCAUUUCUACAUGAGCAGUUAAAAGACUGGAGAUUAAUUUCACUUUGAGUAAACCCUGAAAUAACUCAUGCUUGAGUAAUUUGGGGGACAUUCAGAGCUACUCACACCAAAGUGGUCCAUGAAGCUUGGAUGCUUUUUUUUUUAAUAUAAAUUUAUUUAUUUUAAUUGGAGGCAAAUUACUUUACAAUAUUGUAGUGGUUUUGCCAUACAUCGACAUGA